AUGGCAUCGGAAGCACCUAAAGGCCGAUUAGCUGGCAAGAAUGCCAUGGUUACCGGCGCUGCCGGUGGAAUUGGUCUUCAGACCACGAUCUUGUUCGUCCGUGAAGGUGCUCGUGUCUUGAUGGCCGAUAUCUCCGGACCUGCCCUCGAAAAGGCUGUGGGAACCGUUACGAAGCUGUACCCCAAUGCUAUUACACCUAUGAGCACCAUCUGCGAUGUGUCCAAUGAGGAUUCCGUUGCUGAGGCUGUGGGAAAACUUGAUGAGUUUGGUGGUUUGGAUGUUAUAUUCAACAAUGCCGGAAUCAUGCACGCUGACGACGCCGACGCGGUUGAGACACCCGAGAGAAUCUGGGAUAUGACCUUUUCCAUCAACGUCAAAGGAGUGUGGUUCGGUUCCAAGCAUGCCGUGUUGGCGUUGCGAAAGCAUAAAAAGACAAAGGGCUCGAUCAUCAAUGUUGCUAGCGUGGUUGCACUCGUCGGUUCAGCGACACCGCAGCUCGCAUAUACGGCAUCCAAGGGGGCGGUUUUGGCCAUGACCAGGGAACUGGCAGUUGUCCAUGCAAAGGAGGGAUACCGAUUCAACUCCCUGUGCCCGGCGCCAUUAAACACCCCGCUGUUGCAGGACUGGCUGGGAGAUGAUGCUGAGAAGCGAAAGAGGAGAGAGAUCCAUUUCCCGACUGGUCGUUUCGGUGAGCCGAUUGAGCAGGCGCAAGGGGUUCUAUUUCUAGCGAGUGAUGAAAGUAGUUUCGUCAAUGGAACAGAUUUCGUCAUCGACGGUGGUAUGAGCAAGGCCUAUAUCACCGCGGAAGGCCCAGCGACCACAGCCCCGGCUAACCUUGGCUGA